GCAGAGCGCACAGCCGUCUGUCACAGAGCACCUCCGUUUCAUUACGGGAUUUCAAAGACAACAAGAGUGGAUAAACUUAAGCGAACAAGGAAUCCACACAGGUGAAGCGAGGACAAGGACGAGAUCUGCAUCUGCCCCAUCUGUCCAUCAACGACCCAAGUGCCUCGGUGCCGGCCACCCUCAGGUCACCUCAACCACGACGGGCGCCAAACAACAAAAGUCUUGACCCGGCAACCCUCAGACAACCUGCACAAAGCAAAUAUUUGAAGCCAUUAUAUCUAAUUUCUCCAGGCAGCCGUCACUGAAACAGCAAAGGGUGUUGUUAGGAGACAGAAGGAGAGAAGAAAAAGUGGGGGAGGAAAGAAUAACCCUUUCAAAGUGCACCCUGCUUGCUAUUUCUGCUGCGUUGUGGGCUGGGAGCGUCUCAUUUGGGAGUGAUCUUGGCUGACAAAAAAAGGCCUUCCCUGUGCCCUGCCUGCAUAUCCAAAUGCCUGUAUAAAUACUGGAUAGAGAUAUCAAUUUGUGUGGUUUCUGACAUUGCCCAACAAAGAGACUGCCAGCUAUCUAUAGAAAACGUAGGAGUCUGUGGUCUCCUGAAUUGCAACACAUCUUUUACCUCUCAAAGUUGGUUCGAGAGCGGUGAGAACAGGAAUGAGAGCGACCACUGUUUUCUGCACCUAGAAAAACCUUUGCAGAAUCUCUAGACUUGAACCUUCAUAGGGCCAACAACUGCUCUCUGAGGGACACCAGAAGCUGUCAGUCAUUUGUGGGCUGCAGUUUUGAUGUCUUUCCCAGCUCAGUAAAUAAACAUGAAGCCCCUAACGCCAAUUGGAUCCCCCUCCCCUCUGAGGCUCCUCAACAAGGGUCCAGACUACCUGCGCAGGACGAUAGAUGGUGGAGGAUAUGGACGCUCAAUCAGCGCUGUGGAGAGGCUUGAGGCGGACAAAGCCAAAUAUGUUAAGAGCCAGCAGGUGAUAAAUACCAAACAGGAGCCAGUGCUGGUGCCAUGCGCUACUCCACCACCGCAGCCCCGGCGAGCUUUAUCCACCCCCGGCAGCCUGACGCCUCGCCUCACCCCACGCUGUUCAUCAAACACCCCCUUCUCUACACUCUCUGGCUCCUUCACCUCAAGAGAUGAGAAUGAAAAUGACGACUCCAGGAAGGAGAACAGACGGACUUCUGUUGACAUCGAGGCGCAUAACCGGAGCAAUGUGAACAAUGUUUUGCCUCCCAACCCCAGGACUCCGGGCAUCAACUCCUUGGUAGCGCCCCACAGUGCCCCUGUACUCAGAAGAAGCAACGGCAAACGCAUGCUGAGGCCGGACUCCCUCCUCAUGUACAGGCAGAAGAAAGAGUGCAAGAGCCCUGAAGGUGCAGCAGUUGUAGAGAACAAUAACAGUGAAGUGAAGGGAUACAGUUUUGUCCGUCGCCUCUUCCAGGGCUCCAUGAGGGAGAAGGGUAGCGUAGGUGAUGGCAAGAUCCAGAAAAUGGUGAUUGGUGAAGAGAAAGCGCCAUCACGGGAUGGAGAUUCCCGCAUGUCUUGGACCAAUGACAAAGACAAUACUGACGGAGGACCGGGGAGCAGGAGGUCGAGUAAAACUGACCAUGAUCGCAGCCCAGGGUCGAUCCCCAGCCCUGGGUUUAGCUCUGUGCUUGAACAGACUAAUAAUGGAUUUACAAACGGUACCAGUGAUGGUAUCAACACUGACAACCACUCAAGUGACCAUGAUGAUGAGAACGACCCAUGGAAGCGGGCGUCACCCCCACCAACACCCAGAAAGCAGUUUGGGGAGCUGCGAGGCUCCAAGUCCGACCUGCGCUGCUCAGUAGCGUUGUCAGAUCAGGAGAAUUUCUUUGACUAUUGCGGGCUGGAUUUGGACAUGAUCGAUCGUCUGGGCCGUGAGAACUUCCUCUCCGGGGCCAGCUCCAUAGACACACUCUCGCUGGCCCUCCGCAGCGUGGUAGGGGACGGCUGCGGCGGCUCGGAGCCCAGCGAGUUCUCGCAGCACUCAGGAGACGGGCUGUUUCAGGAGGAGCUGGCUGAGCAGCUUCCCACCGGCGUGUCAAUCAUUGAGAGGAAUGCUCGUGUCAUCAAGUGGCUUUACGGGUGUAAGAACGCUGCUCGAGAGGGACCCAAAGAGUCUACUGUGUAAUAUAGGCACAAGGAACCAUGUGUGGUGGAGUGCUGGUGUCUGAAGGGUUUCCUCUAACAAGAACUUAUUUUUGAUGAAACCGUUAAGCAUCGUCACCCAAAGAGAAGGAGCAGUGCAGAAAUGUGCUGAUUACAUCAUAACAUAGAGUUAGCACUCCAAGGCACACGUUAACCUUUGGUCCCUUGCUCUUCCUGACUCAAAAGACACUGUUUCUUCAACCAACUGCAACAACUGCUAUUAGUUAUCGCAGGGCAAAUUGAUAUAUUGUAUUUAUAGAUCUUAUGGACCUUUUGUGUGGGUGUAGAAAGACCUUACUGGUGUAUGAAGCCAAAUGUCUCCGUGUGUGUGGAGUGGACCUCGCUGUCCUCUCAAUUUGUAGCUUCUUUUCAGUUACAGACCGAACUGAACAGGCCCCUGUGGCCCUCACAAGGCACAUAAGUGUAUGUUUGUCAUGACACACUGGACAGUUUAGUGUCCUUGGCACACACACACUCACUUAAUGACUAGAUUAAAAUGGAAAACCACUAAGCUAUGUUUUAUCUGAAACUGGAAAACUGUUGUGUGAGUGUGAAGUGAACCAUGAGUACCUCAUUUGGAUCUGUCCCAGUUUAGAUUGUGUGUUGCUUUUUUUUUUUUACUCCCUAAACGCAGGCGUUGGAACAAACAUGCAAAGGACCCCUGUGGGGUUGUUAAUGCACUGAACUGGACAGACAGAGGAAAUAAAGAAGAUAUAGCUUUGACCCUCCACAGAGAUUCAUCUCAUAUAACGUUAAACACUGAGCUCGAUUCGUGGAAGACAAGAAUCCAUUUGUGACCAGUCAUUUUUCAUAAUUUUCACCUUGUUUUUUCAUCUCUAAAGAGGGUUGAUUCUCACGUUUUAUUAACACUGUCCAAUAAUCACUUGUGACACAGUCAUUGAUUACCACAGCUCAUGUUUCAUGUGUAUUGAGUGAGUACUGUGAGCUACAUGGUUGCGAGAACAUCAAGGAAAUAUUCCUGUAAGAGCAAAACUGGACUUUUGCAAGCAAAUAUAAGCACAAUUUUAAACUCACUAGAUAUAAGUAGAAGAAAUGAAGAAGAAUUCAUGAAAAUGAUCUAUUCACCUCUAAAAGUAAAGUAGCUAAAGUUGUCAAACCCUGCCUUCAAAAUAUUUUAGUGUCACUUUUACCAUCUGGCAGUUUACAGACGUUAACCUUCCCAUCUGGCUCAGUCAGUGCCCAUCAAAACAAGAAGGGGAGGCAGACGCCCUCCUUCUUCUGAUAAGCACAGAUCCUACCUCACUUCAUCCAUCCUUCAGUGACUUUCACUUUAUCUCCAUGAAAGGUAAUUUCCAUAGCUUGGCCUGGAUGCCACAGAAAUAUGGGGUCUGCGAAGGUAUGCAAAGGUUAAAGUGAGAAGCGUUUGGGUUGAGAAUGACUGAACUAAAGGGCACAAUAUUUUUGUAUGUGAUUAAUUAACACCAUUACUUGCAGCUUUGUUAUGUUUCAUUUCCUGUAUUCAACAUCAGCAUGGCACACUCCUGAAAUCCCUCCAACCCAGAUUCUUUUUUGUUUCAUAUUUCCCUGUUAAAAAACAUUUGGUUGCAUGUUUACAAAAUGGCUCCAUGAAACUGAAUCUCUUUUUUUAUUUGACAUAAAUAUAUAUAUAUAUGAGAGAUUUAGUUUUUAUUCCAAAGAUGUUUGUGUAUAUGAUGUACACAGCAAAUA